CUUUUGCAACCGCGCUAGCUGGAUGUACUGGACGGACUGGGAAGAAGAUGAGGUCAACGACAGCAUUGGCAGGAUCGAGAAAGCCUGGAUGGACGGUUCACACCGCCGCCUUUUUGUCACUACAAACAUGCUGUGGCCCAACGGCCUGACCCUGGACCACAGUUCCGGGAGCAUGUACUGGUGCGACGCCUACUAUGAUCACAUUGAAAAGAUCUACCUCAACGGCACUGGGCGAAUGGUGGUGUACAAUGGGAAAGAGCUCAACCACCCUUUCGGAAUAUCCCAUUAUCGCAAUUUCAUCUUUUGGACGGAGUACAUGAACGCCUCGGUCUUCCAGCUGGACUUAUCCACAGGAGAUGUCAAUGUGCUGCGAAGUGAGAGACCGCCAUUAUUUGGCCUGCGAGUUUAUGACGCACAAAGUCAGCAAGAUAUUAGCCACGCCUGA